AUGAUUCGCAGAGCUCUCCUCACAGCAGUCCCGCUUUUCGCAGCCAUACUCUUCCUCUGUUUCGUGGGCAUCUGGUCAGAUCGGUACUCGCCCGUGGAAUAUCAUGGAGAUGAGAAGAUCAAGUUGACUGCGUGUGCGAACUUGCUUACAACUUACUACAGUAGAUGUGGCAACGGCCACGGAGGGCUGUACAGCUGUUACUGCUUUGACCCUGUCAAGCUCUCGAGUUUUUCUGGAUGCUUUGAAAGAAUGGGCUUAAAUUCUAAAAAAACCGUCGACAUAGUGCACAAAGCAUGUAACGACCCAAAUUUGUCUGUCAGAGACAUUCGUUUGGCCUUGCUGAAAUUUCAUGAGAACAGCGUAUAUGUCAAUGUCACUGGCCGUCUUGAUGUAGGGCAUAUGACCCAUAAGCAGAUGAUGCAACACCGUCCAAUGGGUGACGAGUCUGUCAUUGUCGAUUUUGGACAUUACUUCCCUGACUUGUUCCUAAGGAUCAACACCGCUCUAUAUGGAAACAAAGACAAGUCCUUAAUGUAUGCCAUUGGCGGAAUUGUGUUCUGGUUGGGUGUCUGCUUCAUUUCAGCAGUUGCCAACUGGACUACGUUUUUCUUUCCCAAGUCAAGAAUGCUCUUUGAUGGUGUCUACUCGAGAACGUGGAGAAAGUACGUCACUCUUCCUGCGUUGAUGGACAAGAAACGUAACCAGGAACAGAAAUUUUACCGUCUUUUUGACGGUCUUGUGCCCACAAGGUUCGAGUCCAUUUGUGUAUUCAUAUUUUUCGUGUACACGUUGAUCACUCAGUCUGUGCAUAUAUAUCAUGUUAAAGAUGAUCCCUACUGGAGCAAUGCCAGAGCCAUCUCUUAUUAUGUGGGAGACAGAACCGGAAUCCCCAGUCUUGUGUGGACCAUCUUGCUCAUUAUUUUCGGCGGAAGAAGCAAUAUUUUGCAGUGGUUCACGGGUUGGAAAUUCUCCACCUUUGUGAUGUACCAUCGUUGGAUUGCCAGAAUCGUGGUGCUUCUUGCCAUUGCUCACUCAAUUGCUUACACUUACGAGGAGUUUUUGAGAGGCACUUAUUUGAUUGAUAUCAAAACUGAUUUCCUUAUCUAUGGCUGCUUUGCUACCAUAGCUGGGUCAUUCAUGUGCUUCCAAGGUAUAUUGUGGUUAAGGAGAAAGAGCUACGAGAUAUUUUUGGUGAUCCACAUCAUUUUGGCUGUGUUCUGGAUAAUGGGCUGCUGGGUGCAUGUUAUCUGGUUCGGCUACACGCAUUUCAUGAUUGCUGCUGCUUGUCUCUGGGUAGCAGACAGGGUCAUAAGAUUUGUGAGGAUGGGGUAUUUUGGCUGUCCAAAGGCCACAGUACAAUUGAUUGAAGGCGACACACUACGCGUUACUGUUCCCAAGUCACCCACUUUAAAAGUGCAGCCUGGAGGUCACUGCUGGUUAUACUUUGGCUAUGGCUGGCUUCUCUGGCAAAAUCACCCCUUCUGUUAUAUUGAGUCGCCAAACAGAGAGUCUAUGGUCUUUUUGUGCAAAGUGAAAAAGGGUCUUACCAGAAGAAUCUCCAAUUACCUCAUGGCGAUGCCUGAUAAAACCUGUCAGAUGAGAGUUGCCAUUGAUGGCUGUUACGGGGAGUCUUCUAACGUCUCAAGGCACAGCGAUGUCAUAUAUUUGGCUGGUGGGCACGGCUUUCCAGGAAUCUACUCUGAAGCCGUACACUCAUCAGCGAAGUCGCCAGAGAAGCAGAGAAUCAAGCUUCAUUGGAUCAUUCGGGACACCACAUUCUUGCUGAUGGUAUGGAAAGAGUUGCUGGCAUUGAAGGGAACCAAGAUUGAGGUAUCAGUUUACGUGACCAAACCAGAGCUCUGUAACGAAGAAGACCUCUCUUUUCUCUCCACGAACAAGUCUGCUGGCCCUUCAAUUUAUGAAGACAGGGAUGAGGAAAAAGCCGCUAUUCUGGCCCACGAGUCCACUCACUCUGUAUCCUCCUCUACUGAGAAAGGCAGUCUUGAAACCAUUGAUGUCUUAGGCAGAGUCAAGCAGUUCUUUCCUCAUAUCGCUUUUAUCGAAGGCAGACCCUCCAUCGAGGCUCUCAUCGAGCAAAGUAUCGAGGAGGCCACCCAGAGUUGUGCGUUCGUCACGUGCGGCCACCCGGCCAUGGUUGAUGAUGUGAGAGCUGGCGUUGUGCAAAAUAUUGACCUGACUCCGAAAAGGAUUGAUUUCUUUGAGCAGCUUCAAUUACAUUCUUUCAACGGCACCCUUAAUGAUGCUGAGAAGGUUUAA